AGUUCAUUUACUCUUAACCCUCACUCCAUACGCAAAACGGUAUGUUUGUUUUGAAGGAGGUUUGAAGACUAGUGUCUUUCUAAUCUCGAAGUGUUUAGCAAAAGAUUGACGUCAGCGUCCAUCUGGUAAGCCCAUACACUGUGCUGGUUGGAGCUGUCACACUCCCCAGUGCUGUGCAGUUGUCUCCACGGUACGAAGCUGAUGCUCUCAGCUGUCACCACAGUCAGCUUGCUGUGUAGCGGCACAGCCUCUACAAGGCGAGCUUUGCAGCAGAGACGACUUCCGCAGUGGACUGUAAAAGCUUUUCGGAGGGGGAAAUAAAUGGUGUGCGGUUGCUUAUUGUCCAUUAUUUGACAGUCGCCCAAAGAUGAGUGCCUGAAGUUAGAUUUCGCCGUAAACACCGUCAGAUGCUUUAAUCUACAUUAUGUUUGCUGUGGAUCGCUAUCCUGCUCCUUAUCACCUCCGUAGUCCUGUUUCACACAUUUUGUACCUCGGCUUAUUGCUUCUUUUCGGACCAUGCUUUUCUGUCAGAUCACCUCAGGUUUCAGACCUCAGAUCGCAGAUCUCCGGUGUAGAGGAACUGCUAGAGGAGUUCAGCAAGCAGCUGCAGCAGGACCAGCAGGAGGAACAGCAGAGAGUGACCGGGCGCACCGACCUGUGUUUGGACAGCUACAGCGUCAUGAAAGGCUCCAUCAUUCGAACCAAAGACUCCAUUGCUGAGGGGGCCACCUUUCUUACAGCGCCUUCUGGCAUCGCCACCUGGGAAGAAUGUUUGCACGUCUGCUGCUCAGAGCCCCGCUGCACACUGGCUGUGGUGGAGAUGUCCUUUGCUGACCCGAGUAGCAGCAGUGCCGGUCUGAAUUGCUAUUUGUUCAACUGCACCUACGGGAAAAGGAAUGUCUGUAAAUUUUCCCAGCACCGGGGCUACAACAGUUUUACCCUGGCCUACAAUGACACGCAAUACCAAAAGAACAGUUAUAAGGCUGGUAAUGGGAGAGGCCCCGGUGCAGCACGAGGUACCUUGAGAGAUGAUAUGUUCCCUCAUGCUGAUGCAGGACAGGAUGUGGUGUUGCAGCUGCCUACAGAACAGAUCAUACUGGAUGGCCGAGAUAGCACUGAUGAUUAUGGCAUAGUUCAGUAUGAGUGGACAUUACUGCAAGGAGACCUUUCUGUUAAUAUGAAGGCCCCUCAGCCAGGGAUGUUGAAGUUGAGUGGUCUUCAAGAAGGUAUUUAUGUUCUUCAGCUGACUGUGACUGACACCUCAGGUCAAACAAGCUCUGAUAAUGUCACUGUUACAGUUCUUCCCGCAGAACGUAAUGCUGUAGGCUGUAAAGGGAGUUGUUCUCGCUACCAGUUCCUUUGUGACGAUGGCUGUUGUGUCGACAUCACUUAUGCCUGUGAUGGAGUAGUGCAGUGUCCUGAUCGGUCAGACGAGGCGUUCUGCCAGAGCUAUAAUACUGGUCACAAGACAACAACUGAUGCAGCAGAAAGUAAUGCUCAAGGGAGGACAAAGGGACUGAAGCAAGAAACGGGAGAUGUUUCUUUAGAACAUCCUACUGGGAAAAAGCCACCUCUUCAGACACAUGGUAGUGACAUGUUGAACACACCUAUAACUCAGCAACCAAAGACAUCUGUGGCUAGUCAUAUACCAGAAUUCUGCCUGGACCCGCCAGAUGUUGGUCCAUGCCGAGGUAUCUUCCCUCGCUGGUAUUAUGAUGUCACAACAGGAACAUGUAUGCACUUCAUCUAUGGAGGCUGCAAAGGCAAUGAAAACAACUUCUUGCAGGAAACGGAUUGUGUAAAUGAGUGUAUCAAAAAGCAAGAUAUGCAUUCAGUUAAGAGAACAGAAGAGCCAGGCACCAGUGAUACAGAUAACAGUCCAUUGACAUCAAAAAGUAAAAAUGAAAAGGGUGCUGUGAUUUCAAAAGGCAACCAAACGUAUGGAAGCCACCCUGCUCCUGAGUCAGGUGCUGUACUUCCUCUAGCUCUGGGUUUGGCCAUUACUGCCCUCCUGUUAUUACUUGUAGCUUGCAGACUACGACUUGUGAGACAGAAGCUAAAAAAAGCAAGGCCAAUUACAUCUGAAGAGUCAGACUACCUCAUUAAUGGCAUGUACCUGUAACCUGUUUGUGGAUCACUUAUGUGUCUCAGAAGAGGCAUUUCUGUAUUUGCUACCAGUGAUAAACUGAGCUACUGGUUGGCCACAGUCUUCAGUGAGGGUAACAGUCUGCAAAACUAACUGGUGUUAAUAAACCCAAAACUGCAUUUAGGUGCAGCUGAACUAUGCCCUUUUCUCUGCAGCACAUUCUGUUCUUUAUCAAAGAGGUUGCUAGAUAUCUUUGUAAUUUGUUUAGCUGUAGCACCUGCUGAACUGGUAAAAUGUUGUCCGAGUGUUUCUUAUGGUCUUGUAUUUCAGGUCCUUCAAAGUUGCUGAAUGUUAACGAUUAACAGUAUUCUUGAUAAUGUUUAGCAGUGUUUUUUUGACAAAUCCCUUGCCCAGAUUGCUGCUUUCCAGCUUGGAGGAUUAAAAAGCUAGUCACAUUCUCUACAGAAGAGUAAGAAGGCAGUGCCUCUGUAUCAGGGAAAGUAGACUGCAUACCUUAAAAAACGAAUAUUCAGAAUCAUGGAUGACCAGGUUGACACUACCCUGUGCUAGUUUAUUGUCUUAUGUUCUCUAGUGUCACAUAAAGAAUAUGGUGGCCCUAUAUACUACACUCAAACACAAAAUGUAUUUUUUUAUAUUCUGGUGUUCAAACAUAUCUACUGACCCAAUAUUUUAUAGGAUGAAUACACCUUCCAUUCUGCUAGAUAGACUGGAAUUUCAAAGUCAGUGGAACACAAAGGCAUUAAGAACAGGUAUAGACUUCAAAUGAAGAUACUAGUAGCACUUAGUCAUGAUAGUUUCCUUAGUCAGGUGUUUGUUCUGUUAAAAAUUAUAUGUCCUAGUGUGUAUUAGAAGACAUUUUGUGAUAUUCCUAUAGACAAUAAAGAUGUUAAGAAAUAACUAACAAUCUAUGAAUUACAUUCCUGUUUCUAUAGAAAAUGCAAGUUUUUUGCAUUUGCUGACAUUUUAGUCUGCAUUGCUGAUAGUAAAACUUUGAUAGGACUGUCCCACUCCAGGUUAUAAAAGGUAAUAGCCAUAGGCAAGACCUUUACACACACACACACACACACAUAAAUAUAUAUAUAUAUAUAUAUAUAUAUAUAUAUAUAUAUAUAUAUAUAUAUAUAUAUAUAUAUAUAUAUAUAUUCCCUGGGGUCAAAUACUUGUGAAGUUGCACAGUUCAUAAGAGGAGGUUCUAGAAGUAGAACAAAUCUGCAGCAGUUAACCAAGUUCAUUUAUUGCAGUUAUAUGAACCUCUAUCCAGACCAGGUAUGGUAUGUGACAGUAACAUCUGAAAUGAGCUUUGGCUUAUGGGAAUGCACACCAAGAGGGUAAGAACUCUGUAGAUGUCAGUUAAAAUUACAGCACUCCAAUGAUACUUUUGCAUUAUAAGGGUGUUUAUGUACCACUUUGUUAGGAUUUUUUGGCAUCAGUAGAAAUUACACAAGCAGAAUUCAGUUUACUGUUGGUAAAGUUUUGGUUGUUUCCCCUGCACAGACUUAUAAGAAUCUGCAGGGAUUGUGCUGUGCAUGAAUGAGUGCAAAAUGUGCAUAUGGCUUGUAGUCAUUUAUUUCAUUUAGAUCUUUCCCAUUCUCUUAGUUUUUAUGAUACUUCAUAACUGUACAGAGUAAUAUAAAAAUGUUAAAGCAUCUGUAUCUCUAAUACCACAUUCUGUACAUGGCGUCCACAGCAUCAACUUAAAGAUUCUCAACAUUGUUAUUGGACCAGCACAUUAACUAGUUCCUCAAACACAUAAUAUGUAGUCCCACAUGCUCCUUUGUCUGCAAUUGCUGUAACAAAUAGAUAUCUAAUAUGUAGUCUCCAAUGUAUACCUGUAGAAUCACCUUGUGCCAUUGUCUGCAGUACUGAUCAGUAGCAAAUGUACCUGUAAUGCACAUAGGUUCAUACCUGCAUUAUGUCUUGUCUUGUGAAAAAUUCAUGCUGCUGUUGCUGUCAGUAGAACUCAUUUAGCAUGGAGGUGCUUUUGCAAACCAAAGGUGUGCUGGACACUGCAGUCCUGACAGGUGCCAAAAGAGGGUCACACUGGGCCUACAGGUAAGUUAUUCCUUUGCUGAAGACUGAUCAGUGUGAUAAACACAUAACCAGCAGAAGGACAGUUUUCCACAUAAGACCAGUUUGCAUUUUGCUUCUGCCUAUCAAUCCUGCAUUUUGUUUUUUUUUCAUUUACAGUUCUGAACAUGACGACAAAAGUGUCAUUAUGUGAUGCACCCAAUUUUUUUAGAUGGUAAUAGAAUGUGCUUAAUUUUUAAUAACGUCUCUAGAGGGUUAAAGAUUUGUUAGAGAAAGGCAAAUCCAGGCUUACCUUUCAUCUAAAUCAAAGCACAAUUACUUCAGUGUGGACAAAUCUUUUUUGCUCUUACAUUUGUAUAAUAUUUAUUUUGAAGUACCUCUGGAAAUGAUUAUACCACAAGAUAAAUGUGGAACAUAUUCUGACAGCAACUAUGCCACUAUUUUAAUUCCACUGUCAAACUGUCAUAGCAUUAAAAAGAAGCAGAGGAUAUGAUUCCCUUUUAUUUGUACUUCUUACAUAUUAAAGUUGAUUCAGUACAGCA